CCUCACGUUUCAAGGGCUCAUGCGCUGAGGUGCCAAAGUAAACGGAACGCUUGCGCGUAAGGGGUUUUUUUCCCCAGCCGGACGGAUUUCAAUGCUGCACUCUUUUACAUGCGUGCUGGUGGGUUAUUAGAGAGGCAUGGAUGUGUUAGCUGAGGAGUUUGGGCACCUGAGCCAGGAGGAACUCAUUUCCCCCGUGGAUACAGUGCAGGAAAAAUGGAAACUGCUUCCAGCCUUCCUAAAGGUGAAAGGCCUUGUAAAGCAGCACAUCGACUCCUUCAACUAUUUCAUCAACGAUGAAAUUAAGAAAAUAAUGAAAGCGAAUGAAAAAGUAACGAGUGAUGCCGACCCAAUGUGGUACCUGAAGUACCUCAAUAUUUAUGUGGGUCUUCCUGAUGUUGAAGAAAGUUUUAAUGUGACACGUCCUGUGUCUCCUCAUGAGUGCCGACUCAGAGAUAUGACCUACUCAGCACCAAUUACAGUUGACAUAGAGUACACAAGAGGCAGCCAAAGAAUCAUUCGAAAUGCAUUACCUAUUGGCAGAAUGCCUAUCAUGCUGCGUAGCUCGAACUGUGUCCUUACUGGAAAGACCCCGGCUGAGUUUGCAAAGCUAAACGAAUGUCCGCUUGAUCCAGGUGGUUACUUCAUUGUUAAAGGACAAGAGAAGGUAAUUCUCAUUCAGGAGCAGCUUUCCAAAAACAGGAUCAUUGUGGAAGCAGACAGAAAAGGAACUGUUGGGGCUUCUGUUACCAGCUCUACCCACGAGAAGAAAAGUCGAACUAACCUGGUUGUAAAGCAGGGAAGGUUUUACCUGAAGCAUAAUACCUUAACAGAAGAUAUCCCGAUAGCCAUCAUUUUUAAGGCAAUGGGUGUAGAGAGCGACCAGGAGAUUGUGCAGAUGAUAGGUACAGAGGAACAUGUGAUCGCUGUGUUUGCACCCAGCUUGGAGGAGUGUCAGAAGGCUCAGAUAUUCUCACAGAUGCAGGCAUUAAAGUUUAUUGGCAAUAAAGUGCGCAGGCAGCGCAUGUGGGGUAGCAGCGGCCCUAAGAAAUCCAAAGUCGAUGAAGCUCGAGAGCUGUUGGCGUCCACCAUCUUGACUCAUGUCCCAGUGAAAGAAUUCCACUUCCGGGCAAAGUGUUUCUACACUGCUGUAAUGGUGCGGCGGGUGAUACUCGCUCAAGGGGCAAACAAAGUAGAUGACAGAGAUUACUAUGGAAACAAAAGACUGGAACUGGCAGGACAGCUGCUUUCCUUGCUUUUUGAGGAUUUAUUCAAGAAGUUUAACUCUGAGAUGAAAAAGAUUGCAGACCAAGUCAUCCCCAAGCAGAGGGCAGCGCAGUUUGAUGUGGUGAAACACAUGCGCCAAGACCAGAUAACCAACGGCAUGGUAAAUGCCAUCUCAUCGGGCAACUGGUCGCUAAAAAGGUUCAAAAUGGACCGCCAAGGUGUGACGCAAGUGCUGUCGCGCUUAUCGUACAUUGCUGCGCUGGGCAUGAUGACCAGGAUUUCCUCUCAAUUUGAAAAAACGAGAAAAGUGAGCGGCCCCCGAUCUUUGCAGCCGUCCCAGUGGGGUAUGCUAUGCCCUUCUGAUACUCCUGAAGGAGAGGCCUGUGGUUUGGUGAAGAAUCUGGCACUGAUGACUCACAUCACCACUGAUAUGGAGGAUGGCCCUAUUAUCAAACUGGCUGCUAAUCUUGGGGUGGAGGAUGUGAACCUGCUUUGUGGAGAGGAACUGUCCUAUCCCAAUGUCUUUAUGGUCUUCCUAAAUGGUAACAUUCUCGGCGUCAUCCGUGACCAUCAGAAGCUGGUGAAAACCUUCCGGUUAAUGCGAAGAGCCGGCUACAUUAACGAAUUUGUUUCUAUUUCCACCAACAUCACCGACCGCUGCGUCUACAUCUCCUCUGACGGGGGCAGACUGUGCAGGCCUUAUAUUAUUGUGAAAAACCAAAGGUCUGCUGUGACAAAUAAGCACAUCCAGGAGCUUUCUCAGGGAUACAGGAGCUUUGAGGAUUUCCUUCAUGAAAGUCUUGUCGAGUAUUUAGACGUGAAUGAAGAAAACGACUGUAACAUAGCUCUUUAUGAGCACACUGUAACCAAACACACCACACACUUGGAAAUUGAGCCAUUCACGUUGCUCGGCGUUUGUGCUGGUCUCAUUCCUUACCCGCACCACAAUCAGUCCCCAAGAAACACCUACCAGUGUGCUAUGGGGAAACAAGCUAUGGGGACAAUUGGGUAUAACCAAAGGAACAGGAUCGACACACUGAUGUACCUGCUGGCCUAUCCGCAAAAGCCGAUGGUUAAAACGAAAACCAUUGAACUUAUUGAAUUCGAGAAACUCCCGGCAGGACAGAAUGCGACGGUCGCUGUUAUGAGCUAUAGUGGCUAUGAUAUUGAGGAUGCCCUUAUAUUAAACAAAGCUUCGCUGGACAGAGGGUUUGGCCGCUGCUUGGUGUACAAGAAUGCCAAAUGUACCCUGAAACGCUAUAGCAACCAGACGUUUGACAAGGUGAUGGGGCCAAUGUUGGAUGCGAAUACCCGAAAGCAAAUCUGGAGGCAUGAAAUCCUAGAUGCUGAUGGGAUCUGCUCUCCAGGGGAAAAAGUGGAGAACAAACAAGUUCUUGUCAACAAGUACAUGCCGACUGUCACACAGACCCCUCUAGACGGGAGCACCGCGUCGCAGCAGCCACAGUUCAAAGAUGUGCCGAUAACUUACAAAGGGCCCACCGACUCCUAUAUUGAAAAAGUCAUGAUUUCUUCAAAUGCGGAAGACGCAUUUCUCAUUAAAAUUCUGCUCAGACAAACCAGACGGCCAGAGAUUGGGGAUAAAUUCAGCAGUCGGCACGGACAAAAAGGUGUUUGCGGUUUGAUUGUCCCUCAAGAGGAUAUGCCAUUUUGUGAAACUGGCAUCUGCCCAGACAUUAUCAUGAAUCCUCAUGGCUACCCAUCCCGUAUGACGGUUGGAAAGUUGAUCGAACUGUUGGCAGGGAAAGCCGGGGUCCUAGACGGCAGAUUCCAUUAUGGAACGGCCUUCGGAGGCAGUAAAGUGAAGGACGUGUGCGAAGAUUUAAUUCGAUAUGGCUACAACUAUUUGGGAAAGGACUACGUAACAUCUGGAAUCACAGGGGAACCUCUAGAAGCCUAUAUUUAUUUUGGGCCAGUGUAUUAUCAGAAACUGAAGCACAUGGUGCUGGAUAAGAUGCACGCACGAGCAAGGGGACCCAGGGCAGUGCUAACAAGACAACCCACUGAAGGCCGAUCCCGAGAUGGUGGCCUGCGUCUCGGAGAAAUGGAACGCGACUGCCUGAUCGGCUAUGGGGCCAGCAUGCUGUUACUGGAGAGGCUCAUGAUUUCUAGUGAUGCCUUUGAAGUGGACGUGUGUGGCCAGUGCGGGCUACUGGGAUACUCCGGCUGGUGCCAUUUCUGCAAGUCUUCUUGCCACGUCUCCUCGCUGAGGAUCCCUUACGCCUGCAAGUUGCUCUUCCAAGAGCUCCAGUCUAUGAACAUUAUCCCCAGGCUCAAACUGGCCAAAUACAAUGAAUAAACCUGCCAUGUGGAUCCCACACAAUGUAAAUAAUACAAAUUUAUUUAACCCCCUUCAUGUACAAGGCCCUGCGGGUUGUCUCCAUGUUCCUUUAUAAUGUUUAGUGAUGUACCGAAUCCAGGACAUGACUUUUCAUCACAAAACAAAGAAGUAAAACAUUUUCCUCCAAUUUUUCCUAUCCCACCCCUAAUUUGCAUAUGCAAAUGAAUAAAGAAUUUGGGGAUCCGGUCGAAUCCCAAAUAGUGGAUUUGGUGCAUCCCUAAUAAUGGAUAAGUAAACAUUUAAAACAAGUGAAAGUAAAAUUGACGAGAGUGCUAUUCUAAGUAAUUUUGUAA